AGGGAGUGGGCACAAAACAAGAAAGCUUCAGAUCGCACUAAGCGUUAGGUUUGUCGAGGAGCUGGUUAGUCCACGGGAUAAUAUCAAAGCAAAGGGACAUUUAACUUCACUUGACUGUCGAAUUGAAGGUUCGACGAUUUGUUGAGGACAGAAAGGAGUGUCCGAGUUAUCGAUAAAGAAGCCACAAUUGUUUUCACAAUGCAGAGACCGGGCGGCCAAGGGGCGGCGUUUUCGAUCGACUCCUUGAUAGGAACUCCACAGCCUCGGCCAGGACACCUGCUCUACACCGGCUACCCGAUGUUCAUGCCGUACAGACCAUUAAUGAUACCACAAUCUUUAUCUCAUUCACAUUUACCGUCGGGCAUACCUCCUUUGGCACCGUUAGCAUCUUUCGCUGGACGUCUUACCAACACAUUCUGUGCAAGUUUGGGACAGGGGAUGCCGUCCAUGGUGGCUCUCACGACAACAUUACCAAGUUUCUCGGAUCCGCCGGAUAAUUUCUAUCCUCCCCAAGAGCUCCCCGGACCUCGGUUAAGUGCUGAUCCUGGAACAAGAAGACAAGAGAGCCCACACUCAGAUGAUUUGCAUGGAAGAGACAAGGGCUCAGACCUACUCAACUUCUCGGAAACUUUUCAAACUAUAUCAGGUGAGACUAAACUGUACAGCUCUGACGAUGAGAAGUUGGACCUGAAAUCAGCGGACGCAGCUUGCAGUGACAGAGAGGACAGCUCUGCUGUCGACAGCGAAAAUGAAAGCUUCUCGGAUGGGAACAACUGUGGUUCUUUAUCCCAAAAGAGUAAACUUAAACCCGGGUCACAGGAAGCUCUCCCACCGGGAAGCUCAUCGGGAAAGAGCAGGAGGAGACGAACAGCUUUUACAAGUGAGCAGUUACUUGAACUUGAGAAGGAAUUUCAUUGUAAAAAGUACCUUUCGCUGACCGAACGAUCUCAAAUAGCACACGCACUUAAACUGAGCGAAGUGCAAGUCAAGAUUUGGUUCCAAAAUCGUAGGGCCAAAUGGAAAAGAAUCAAAGCUGGAAACGUCAAUAACAGGUCGGGAGAGCCUGUUAGAAACCCCAAAAUUGUGGUCCCCAUCCCAGUGCACGUCAACAGGUUUGCCGUGAGAAGCCAACAUCAACAGAUAGAGCAAACAAGGCCAUGAUGAACUAUAAUGGUCUAAACUUGAAGAAAAAACUGACGUUCAUUCUGACAAGAGAAAGUUCUGGGUUGUUAAAUGCAUGAAGCACAAAAAGGGGAUGAUUUAUUUUGGUCAUCCAGAUUACUUUUUACAUUUUGUCCUAUCACCUGGACAACUGAGGAUAAUAUGUUUUCUCUUCACAGAUUAAUUAAUUUGUUAAAUUAGGUUUAGGCCUAUUUCGUGUUUUAUUUAUUGUUUUGUAAAUUUGUAAAUAUAAUGUGUCGGCUUACACAGACAGGUAGGCUACUAUGAAAUGAUACUGUACAAAUUCUUUUUUAAAAUAUUUAUAUAGGGCCCUAAAUGUUAUGUUUAUCAUCUGCAUGUGCUUUGCUUAUUCAGUGAAGCUAUUUCAAAGUUAUCGUAUUUGGUACCGUUUCGUUAAUCACAUUUUGCAUGUACCCUACAAAGUUUUCAUUUUGGUAGGCUACUGUAGGAAAUGUAUUCGCAGCUGUUUGUGGAAAAAAAAAAAAAAGAUGUGAAGGAAAAUAAAUAACCAAAC